GUCACUCUGGAGUGGGGGUGAAGAAAAUCAGCCUGCCUCUUAAAACCUUACUUUCAGAAGAACCGGUUUGCAGCUGUCUGCGAGAUUCUCAACAGGCACACAUUCUUCUCUUGCCCACCAUGGAGGAAGGGAGGGGGAUCCUGAAAGAGGGCUUUCUAGUUAAAAAGGGUCACGUUGUCCCCAAUUGGAAAGCAAGAUGGUUUGUUCUUCUCCAGGACAAGCUGCUCUAUUAUAAAGUGGUGGGAGGAAAGCAAGAGUCUUCUCCCAAGGGAAGGAUUUUUCUGGACGGCUGUACGAUUACUUGCCCAUGUUUGGAAUAUGAGAACAGGCAGUUAGUUAUUAAACUAAGGACAAAAACCAACACAGACUAUUUCCUUGACUGUUGCUCUCGAGAAGAGCGUGACAUUUGGGCUUUGGACAUCACGGGCGCUAUUCAUGCUGGCAACCCAGUGCAAGUUCAGCAACUUCAUCUCAUGAGAAACUCCUUCAAACUUCCUGCAAAUAUCAGUUUGAAUCAUAUUGUGGACAAAAUGUAUGACAGCAGCAGUGGAAUCAAGAUAACACCCAAUACCAGACAAGGCAGCUUGUAUAAAGAAAGCUUUACAGGCUCCAUACUGGUGGAUUGGUUGAUUUCCAGUAGUUUUGCAGCUUCCCGGCUUGAAGCAGUCACGCUGGCCUCUGUGCUGGUGGAUGAAACUUUCAUUAAACCUGUGGGAGCCCGCAGCACUGAAGCCAUGAGGAAUGGAGAUUUGACUGAGCAAUUUUUAGAUGACUCUACUGCCUUGUAUGCAUUUGCUGAAAGCUAUAAGAAAAAAAUUAAUGCUAAAGAACAGCUCAAUAUUAACAUACUUGAACUGAGUGGCACAAUUUUAAAGCAAGGCUUUUUGAUAAAACAGGGGCACAAGAGGAAGAACUGGAAAGUCAGGCGCUUUGUCCUGAGGUCUGAGCCUGCUUUCUUACAUUAUUAUGACCCCACAAAGGAAGAUAACAAACCUGUUGGGGGAUUUUCUCUCCGUGGUUGUCUUGUUUCAGCACUGGAAGACAAUGGAGUCCCUACAGGAGUGAAAGGAAAUGUGCAGGGCAACCUCUUCAAAAUUAUCACAAAAAAUGACAUUCACUACUACAUACAGGCUAGUUCCAAGGCAGAAAGAGCUAAUUGGAUUGAGGCAAUCAAGCCACUAACAUAGGAGAUGUACCAAAGUUGCAUUUAUGGGACAAUUUAAUACAGGGACAUAAAAAGGAGCUGGUUUUUAAGAUUGCUGGUUGAGUUGUUUUAGCCUGGCAUGAAGUUAGCACCUGACAGAUCUACUAUAUUUAGGCUUUUUCUCUGAAGCAAGGAAGCAUAUUAUGACACAUCCACUUCAUCAGAAGUUCCAUAAAUUCUGACAAUAUGAUGACAUGUUGAUUGCCUGGCACUAGUCUGCAGUUUGGAAUAUGCUAUCCGGAAUCCCACUUCUGAAAUAGAACUAAAUUGGCUGCUGAGGAGAAACUAACAAAUCCAACAUCCUGAAACCAAAUCUGUACCUUUCAAAAUGAUUUCAUGCAAAUUCCUUAAUGAUCUACUGUAUGUCUUUAUAUGUCUCUACACUUGCAGGGUCUCUUCCCUCCUAUUUAACUUGUGGGAAGCUUCAAGGAUGGCAGCAUUAUUCGGGAAGGUGGAAAGAAUGUUGCUAUGAUACAAGAAAGCUUAGAAUUUACAUUUUGAAGACAGGAGCAAAUUCAUCACAUUAAUAUUGCCAUGGUUUUCUAACUCAUAGUGCUCUAGAUUUCCUGAGAGAACAGAGUUUGCUGCUUGCCUCCUGUUCAUAUCCAGGCCCAGCAUGACUUUAAAUCAAUUAUAUUGUCAGUCUGACCUGCCCUACAAGAUUCCUGUAAUGAUAAAAAGAGAGAUGGAACUGAACAGCUGUUAAGGUGCUAUAUUGAGUUCCUCGGAAAAGGGACAUUUCUUUUUUUUUUUUAAGACAAAAGAUUUUUAUUUUUUAUAUUCAAACAACCAAACACUACACAAUCAAUUAUCAUACAUCAUUUUAUCCCCACCCAACCCCCCCUCCCCAAUUCCCCCCCAACUUCCCAGAGCAAAAACAGGAUAUAGCAUUUAACAAACAUAAGCUAAAAUAUGCUAACUAUUACAGAAUUCAACUCUCUCACACUUGUUAACUCCCCUUUUAAAAAUUACACUUCAGCCUUCCUUUCAUAAAUUCUCUUAUCAUAUUUCACAUUUGUAAAAAAAAAACCACCAUAAUCUUAUUUUAAACAUUUUAAAAUCGCUUAGUACAUUAGCAGAACAUUCUCCAAAAUAUAAGUUUCAAAACUUUCAAAAAGUUAUCCAUUAAAUUUUAAGUUAUCCACCUUUAAACUUCAAUACUUUAAUACUACCAUAAAAUUCAGAAGUUAUCCAACUUUAAUUAAAUCUUUUAACAUCAUGAGACAAUCUCCAAAAUAUAACCAGUCUUUCUUUCUUUCUAUAUUUUUUCCAGUCCUUCAAUAAUACUUUCUUCUUCAGCAUUGCUCUUCCCCCUGCUUUUAUUUUCAAAAAAUUUUGGGUUUGAAAUUGUAGUUUGUGUGUCUUUGGCAUUCGUUCUCUUCUUGGGGUUGUUUCCUUUAAUUUGAAGACCCCAUUUCGACUCUUCCUGCAUUUGUAGACCAUUAGUUCGUUCCUUAUAUAUUGAUUCUGUCUAUAGAGCCAAAACUUGUCAAAAUAUCUAUCAACCUGCAGUAAAGAGUCUUCUUGCUGUUUCUCAAUUAAUUGAAUGGAAGCCUCUUCCAGAACCUCUGUUUUUGGUAUAAUAAUCUCCAUUUUAGCCCCAAUAAUGUCUCUUUUAUCCUCCAAAGGCACAUUAUCCUGAUUAAUUUCUUCCUCUUUUCCAGCCAGCAAGUCAUUAUUAUUCCCCAAUUUAAAAUCUUGAAUAGUUCUUUUAAUUAUCUCAACAGUAAAAGAUUUUAAAAAAUCUUUUAAGUCCUUCGCAGUCACCACUUGUAAAUUUGCUGACUCAUAUAAUCCAUCUUUAAUUUCAUCCAUUUUUCAAUUGUCUCUUUAUGUUUGUAUUAAUUCAGCUAUCAGGUCAUUAAAUCCAAUUAUUUUCCACGCAAAUUAAGGAUGUAAGUUAGUUAAAAUCAAUACCACAGUCUUUUCCAUUCCACUUCCACUUUAAAUCUUUUUCUUGAAUAACCCGAUAGCUUUAACAAUGUUACUGAUGUUAACAAGGACUUUCACUUCACUUAUAAGUUUCGUUUUCACGCCCUAAGGCGCCAUCUUUCUCUUUUUAAACGGAGUUAACAUACAAUACUUGCAUUUUUAGUCUCCUGUAUUAACUCUGCCAGCAUCCAAAAUCCAUAGUCCAAAUUCUUUAUAAUCUUUCUAGUUGCUUUGCUGGUGUGGUCGCGACGCUUUGGUCUGCUUAUUUUUAAGCAGACUCGUCCCGGCUCCGGAGCUCUUAAAGGGCUUUCAGGGAGCUCUCACCCUGCAAACCCCAGGCUUAAAAAAAAAAAGCCUGGGGGUCUAGGGGAGCUCUAACCAGACCCUUCUGCUCUUCUCUCCCCCUUUUCCUUGGGGGAGAGUUUUUAAGCCGCUAGACAGCUGAUUUUUGCUGUUCUAGCAGCUAUACGGAGUCACGGGGCUGGAGCUCCUAAAAGGAGCUCCGUCGGCGUUUCGUGAAGCCACUGGAAGUCGGAAAAGGGACAUUUCUAUGAAAUACACUGGGAUGGCAAUAUGAGAAGUUUCAUGUGUUGAGCGGUCCACUCGCUGCUGCUCUCAGGGUGGGAAUGGAAGAGGAAAAAUGUAUUAAGAUGUCAUUCAUAUUUAUAAUCUGAGCAUAAACUCAGAUUUUACUUAGAAUUGGUUUUAGACUACUUAGAACUGGUGUCAGGAAGAUCACUUAUAUUUUUACCAUUAACACUGUGAUGACUCCAGAUGCUGCCAUGUUUCCCCCCCCCAUUCCAAGUCUAUUCAUUGUAUAUGAUCCUGCAUGAGUGUAAACACUGAGUAGUGAUUUAGAUGUUCAUAUUUUUAUUUAAAAAAUAAACCAUUUUUUUACUCUCGUA